AUGACCGUCACUCACAUUGUGCUGGCAUUGACAUUUUUUGUUACUGUUCACGCUGCAGAUUGGGGUUAUGACGAUCCAAUGAAUUGGGGGAAAUCCUUUCCAUCAUGUAACGGUAAAGCGCAAAGCCCCGUUCAUAUCAAGGCAUCAAAUGCAAAAUAUGUCUCCAAUCUGGGAAAAAUUGAUCUGACUGGCUAUAAAACCAAAACAAAUUACGACAUUGUCAACAAUGGACAUACAAUUCAGUUGAAUAUCGGCUACAGAGCGACUGCCAAGAAUGGCGGUCUUCCAGGUGUUUACAAAGCCCUCCAAUUCCAUUUCCAUUGGAGCCAUAACCAGAACGGAGAAGGGUCUGAGCAUAUUCUGAAUAACAAAGCCUAUCCUCUAGAGGUUCAUAUUGUUCAUAUGAAUGAAAAAUACCCUAAUGUAACGGAGGCUUUGAAACACAAAGAUGGUCUGGCUGUACUGGGUUUCUUUUUCGAGGUUGGAAACGAAAACCCUGCAAUGAAUAAAUUUUUAAACAAUUUACCACAAGCUGGUAACACUGCACAAUCGGGAGCAUUUAGCAUAGAAGAAAUGCUUGGAUCACUGGAUCAUUUGGACCAUUAUUUUCGCUAUCUUGGCAGUUUAACUACUCCUCCUUGUUCUGAAGCCGUUGUGUGGACAUUGUUCAGCAAAAUUAUCACCCUCUCUAGCAAACAGUUGGAUGCUUUCUGGACAGUAAAAGAUUCUCAUGGACAACUGGGAAAAAAUUUUCGACCAAUUCAACCGCUAAAUGGCAGACAGAUCUACGUCAGUUGGUCAUCCGGACAAUUCUCUGUGGUGAUGAAUGCUGCUACAGCUGCUGCUGCUACGGCUGCUGCUGCCACGGCUGCUGCUGCCACGGCUGCUGCUGCUGCCACGACUGCUGUUGCUACAGCUGCUGCUGCUACGGCUGCUGCUGCCACGGCUGCUGCUGCUGCCACGACUGCUGCUGCUACGGCUGCUGCUGCGUUGAAGACUUGCUGA